UCAUUAGGCAAAGCCCAAAAAACAACAGUAAGAAGAUUGAGACCAGGGGCCUGAGAACAUGAAGCAGCCAAGACAUUCACCCUUUUUGGAAGAUGUGUCCUCUCCAUCCCAAGGGAAGGGCCCAGACCCCUCCUUGAUCUACCGACCUGAUAUGGACCCAGAGAUGGCCAAAGACAAGGGCAACUUCCGGAACUACACUUCAGGCCCCCUUCUGGAUCGUGUCUUCAUCACCUACAAGCACAUGCACACGUACCAGACAGUGGACUUCGUCAGGAAGAAGCAUGCCCAGUUUGGGGACUUCUCCUGCAAAAAAAUGACUAUCAUGGAGGCUGUGGACAUGCUGGACCACUUGGUGGAUGAGUCAGACCCAGAUGUGGAUUUUCCUAACUCCUUCCAUGCCUUCCAGACAGCAGAGGGCAUCCGGAAGGCUCACCCUGACAAGGACUGGUUCCACCUUGUAGGGCUUCUGCAUGACCUAGGGAAGGUCCUGGCUCUGUGGGGGGAGCCCCAGUGGGCUGUUGUUGGAGAUACCUUUCCUGUCGGCUGCCGUCCACAGGCUUCAGUGGUGUUCUGUGACUCCACAUUUCAGGACAAUCCUGACCUCCAGGACCCUCGAUACAGCACAGAAUUUGGCAUGUACCAACCCCAUUGUGGGCUGGAGAAUGUCCUCAUGUCCUGGGGCCAUGACGAGUACAUGUACCAGGUGAUGAGGUUCAACAAGUUCUCCCUGCCCGAGGAGGCCUUCUAUAUGAUCCGAUUCCACUCCUUCUACCCAUGGCACACGGGCGGUGACUACAGGCAACUGUGCAGUCAGCGGGACCUGGAUAUGCUGCCUUGGGUGCAGGAGUUCAACAAGUUUGACCUCUACACCAAGUGCCCUGACCUGCCAGAUGUGGACAAGCUGCGGCCCUACUACCAGGCACUCAUUGACAAGUACUGCCCUGGUGUCUUGAGCUGGUGACCCGGACCAGCGUUGGCCCCUCAGGCUCAAUGACCCUUACCCUGGCCUUCCCGGGGGCCCCAUGUACCCACUCCCAGCACCACCCUUCAUGAUCAGUUGUACCCCUCCUUGCAAUAAAUAACUUGACACAA